CGGGGAUGGGACCGAGCCGGCCAGAGCAGCGGCUUUGCCAUCUGAGUAACACCCUCCAUCCAACCUCCUCUGCUCCUCCSGCGCUCGCUCUGCCUUUCCCCCCUCCUCUCUCUCUUGUCUUUUUUUUUUUUUAAAUUCCCCCUCCGUUCUCCCCCUCUUCGCGGCACUCGCAUCCUCCACGCCGGCAUCCAUCGCCACCCAGCCUCCCGCGCCGGGUGCUGCCCCGGCGCUUCCCCGGACCUGCCUCCGCUACCCGCCUGUUGACAGAGGCACACGCUGACUUCGGGGGUCCUCCCCCACGCCUCAGAGGGCGCGCUCCAGUCACCCGGCGGUUUUUCUUUCUAAGAAAAGCCUCCCCAUUUCUUAAAACCCACCAGGCAGCGCCAAAAGCGACCCCCCGAGCAGCACCCCCCGCCCCCACCGAGCGCCGCUCGCUCCUGGCCCGGGGGUGGGUGGGACGGCAGGCCCAAGGCCAUGGAGGUGGCCACCGAUCAGCCUCGCUGGAUGGCCCACCACGCCGUGCUCAAUGGGCAGCACCCCGAGAGCCACCACCCCGGGCUGGCUCACAACUACAUGGAACCAGCGCAGCUCCUACCUCCGGAUGAAGUCGACGUCUUCUUCAACCACCUGGACUCCCAGGGCAACCCUUACUACGCCAAUUCCGCCCAUGCCCGCGCCAGGGUCUCCUACAGCCAGGCACACGCCCGYCUGACCGGGAGUCAAAUGUGCCGGCCUCAUCUUAUCCACAGCCCCGGGAUCCCUUGGCUGGACAGCAGCAAGGCGGCACUGUCUGCCCAUCACCACAACCCCUGGACCGUCAGCCCCUUCACCAAGACACCCCUGCACCCCUCGGCGGCCGGAGCGCCUGGGGCCAUCUCGGUGUACCCGGGCAGCAGCACCUCCAGCACCGCCUCCGUGUCUUCGCUCACGCCGGCCUCGCACUCCGGCUCCCACCUCUUCGGCUUCCCCCCGACCCCUCCCAAGGAAGUGUCCCCAGACCCCAACUCCACCAGCGCCGCCUCCCCUUCUUCCUCCGCCGGGGCUCGGCAGGAGGACAAAGACAGCAUCAAGUACCAAGUGUCGCUGUCGGAGGGGAUGAAGAUGGAGAGCGCCAGCCCGCUCAGAAGCAGCCUCACCAGCAUGGGGGCCCAGCCCUCCACCCACCACCCCAUCCCCACMUACCCCUCGUACGUGCCGGCAGCCCACGACUACAGCAGCAGCCUCUUCCACCCGGGCAGCUUUCUGGGGGGCCCCGCGUCCAGCUUUACCCCCAAGCCGCGGAGCAAGGCCAGGUCGUGUUCGGAAGGCAGAGAGUGUGUGAACUGCGGAGCCACUGCUACCCCUCUCUGGAGAAGAGACGGCACCGGGCAUUACCUGUGUAACGCCUGCGGGCUCUACCACAAAAUGAACGGUCAAAACCGACCUCUCAUUAAACCCAAGAGAAGGCUGUCAGCGGCCAGGAGAGCAGGGACUUGUUGUGCCAACUGUCAGACAACCACCACGACCUUAUGGCGACGUAACGCAAACGGGGACCCGGUUUGUAAUGCCUGCGGACUCUACUAUAAAUUGCACAAUGUGAACAGGCCUCUGACCAUGAAAAAGGAAGGAAUUCAGACCAGGAAUAGGAAAAUGUCCAACAAAUCAAAGAAAAGCAAGAAAGGCUCUGAGUGUUUUGAGGAACUGUCCAAGUGCAUGCAGGAGAAGUCGUCUCCCUUCAGCGCUGCUGCCCUCGCCAGUCACAUGGCACCCAUGGGGCAUUUGCCCCCUUUCAGCCACUCUGGACACAUCCUACCAACACCCACCCCCAUCCACCCCUCUUCCAGCAUCUCAUUUGGACACCCACACCCAUCCAGCAUGGUUACAGCCAUGGGAUAAAACCUGAUGACCAAGAGACCCACCCAGGUAUUAAGAACAUGGGACUUUGCCUAAGAUGAUACCAUAUAAGAAAAUGUUCUGCCAAGAGGAGAAUGUAGGGAUGGCAAAAGGAGAUCUUUGCUCCCAUGUGGUUUAACUCUUAAUGCUGGACUAAAACCUUGCAAAUGAUGGGUCUUCUGCAGAAAUGUGUAGUGGUGCCUGUAAUGCACUUUGCCCCCUCAGGUAUAAGAAAAAAGAACUCAUCUGUUCGAUACUUCAUGGUCCAGCAGGAAGCAAGAGACGGCAGAAGCUGAAGGAGAAGGCUUGGAACUGGCUUUCCUUUCUCUUUGUUAUUACUGUGAAUAUUGUAAAGAGAUAUAAGCAGCCUCCCAGGAUGGAAUUGGCUCACUGGAAGCCAGACAUGCUGGAUUUCUAUUGUGGACUUUCUUUGGGAUGGGGAAAAAAAAGAAGAAAAAAAGAAAGGAAAAGAAAAAAGAAAAAGGAAAAAAAAAAAAAGAAAAGGACAUCUUUAUUAAACUGUAAUUUUUAAAAUCAGACACAAAGUCAUAUUUAUUUUGUUUUCCACAAAAAGCCUCAACCCCUCUGAUUGCAUGUUUUUGUGCUGUCAUUUGCAAUGGUUACCCUGUAAGAAAAGCUGCCUUCAAAACAAGAAGGAGAGGGRAAAUGUACUCGACAGCCCCUUGGAUUAGCUCCAUCUAUCUUCCAUACCAAARUUACUAGGAAGGGGGAAAAGAUUGCGAGGGCGAGGAACAAAGCAAAAAUGUAGCCGUAAUAUGGGAUUUUAAUAUGCCCAAGAUGGUGAUUAUUUUGACACAAUUCCUUCAUUCUUUUCCCUAACUUGAAAGAUUUAUUUUAAAAAAGAGCCCCUCGCCCAACUACCCCAUUGUUYCUUAAAACAGACAACCUAGGUCAGGCAAACCGUUGGGAAAAAUCUCUGGGGAAGGCAAUCCUGCCACUAACAAGGGGUGAGAUACAGGCGUUUACCAAAACUGUGUCGCAGCUAAGUUCUAGCACAGCCAAAACCAUCAUGGGGCACGAAAACCAUCCCGCUCGCAGACUUUAGAGGUUGAAGCAUUUUGUUCUGUUGUGUUGGCAGCUGUCGCUUAAAAAUGCAGAUUAGCUGCUUGGGUAAACUUGAGGCAGUGUGGCCACCACGUCCACACGCAGCUCGUGCUGUCUCAGGCAUCCAGGCCCCGGUGGACUUCACAGGGAGGAAGGGCAGAAAUGAGGUUGAGAUCACUGGAGAGGGGAAAAAGAGAGACAAUCAGUUUGAGCUUCACACAUCCGUCAAAUUUCAGACACGGCGACAGCUGAUGAGACGAGGGAAAGCAUCGUUCUAAGGGGAGCGUUGUUUUCCAUAGCGGAUUUUAUAUGAAAAAAAAAAACCAAAAAAAAAGAAAAAAAAUUAAAUCUCCCAUUAUUAAAACAUAUUGUACGUAAAUGACCGAAAACAAAGCUAUUGCCAAUGUGAAGUGUAUUCUAUUGAUUGUUAUGAUCUGAUGCCUCUCGUGAACACAAGCUCCAGUAUAACAUACAGUGUACAUAUUUAGCUAUACUUCUGAUGAAAAUGCCCCAAUGAACAGAGGGGUUUGAUAAUGUAAACCACGUAAGCUUAACUCUGUGACAAGCUUUUUGUUUUAUUUUAUUUUUUAAAAUUUUAACUAUUUUGUUGUUGGGUUUUUCUUUUUUUUUUUUUUUUUUUUUUUUUUUUU